UCCAACCUUUACCCUAAAGCCAUCGACUUUGAAUUUCAGAGCCCACUGCUUCCUUUUUCCGAUCUCCAAUUUCCGCUCCGUUGAUCGCUUUUCCGACGACCCUUCCCGUUUCUCGACGAAUUUCUCGAAUCGGAUCCAAUGGAGACUCCGUCGUCAAUCAGAAGAGUCACGAGGUCUCAGACUUCGGCUGCUCAGAACAGCAGCAACAUUCCCCUUUCAAGAAAGACUGAAGAUUCUGAGAAAGCUCUGUUGAAAUCGAGACCAAGAAAUGGGAAGCAACAGCAAGACCGUUCUGCACUGAUUGAUAUCACCAACGAUUCUCCGAUUGUGGGGCUUGCAACGGGAAGCUUAAAGACACCGUCAUCGGGCAUACUCAAGCAGAGAAGCUGCAGAGCCAAGAACACACCCGGGUCCGGAGAGGCCUUGCUGAGAGGUCAAGUCAAGACCCUCUUGCAGCAAGUUGAAGAGGAGGCUGAGCUCUCAAAGAUCUCGCUCGAAAGCCGCCCUAUUCACCUAAUUCAAGGCCUUAUCGCCAAUUCUCCAAUGGGGCUCCUCGCGCCAACACCGGCAAACACUCCACAGGUAUCUGAUAUCUCUGUUGGUGCAAGUGGAAGCAGCAAUGUUGGUCUGAGUUCUGAGAAACCUUCUCCCCUCGUCCAAGAACAAUUGAUUUCUCAGGUGGUAUGUGACAUCUUUGAAGGAAAAAAUCAGGGGAGCCUCGAAUCUCAGAAGAGUAUCCUGAGCCGGUCUCUGCUGCUGGAUUUCUCCGAGAAGUCCGAAAUCUCCUCAGUCUCAUCCGAGUUCUCCUCUGUGAUUACUGACAGCAAAGAGAAGUCAUCGUCCCCAGAUGAUGACAAUGCUUCCAUCUGGUCGAUGCAGGUCAAUGCUAGCACCCAAGAUGAAGACGAGGAAGAAUUAGCAGACAGCGAUGAAGAAGAAGACUAUUAUCUGAAGCUUAAUGAAGGUUAUGGAAUGGAAGAAGAAGAAAAGGAACAAGAUGGAGGAUACAAUGUGGAUGAGCUCUGUGAUGGAAUAAGCAAUAUUUGUGUCGAUGAGACGAGAAGGGUUCCCAAGUUUGCUGGAAAGCAUACCAGAUUUGUGUAUGACAGUGAAGAUGAAAUUGUUGAAGAAGAAGAAGAAGAAGGAACUGCAAAGACUCCGGAAUCAGCUUCGCCGGGUGCCCUGCGGCUGAAGGGUCUGCCAACACCAAAGGGGAAGCACCUGCGGUUUCUUGAGGAGGAAGAUUGAAAUAUUCUGUCUGGUUUCGAAGUGCUAAAGUUGUUUGGUUGUCUGUCUUGAUAACCAUGUUUAGGGAAAGUGCUUUGGUUUCUUUUGCUAAAUUUUCGGUAAUUUUUGCUUAUUUUUCUGUUUUGGAUUUUAUGAGACAAAAAAUGAUGUGUCAUUCCUCACUUUAA